UACACCAGGAGGAAUCGACUAUGAGCUGCUAGGAAAAGGGCCUCAACAUGGACCUGUACAAAAUAGCUUUCCUCCUGGGAGCUUUGAUCUGCACAGUAAGUGGAGAUGAAGUGGACGGCUACACCAGAACUGGAGGAGCAUGGCUCCUCUCACUGCAGAAAAGACAGUACUCAGUAAACACUGCGACUGCAUGUUCUGCCAAAUGUGAUGCUGAAACGACUUUCACGUGCAGAGCUUUCAUAUAUGUUGAAAAGGACCAAGAGUGUUGGACAGUAGCUGCAAACUCCAAAGUAGAGACUGUCCUGCGCAGAACCAGCACCGUUUUGUAUGAGAAAAAUGGAUACCUACUGGAGUGUGUAAAUGGACUAGGAACAGAUUACAGAGGAACAAAGUCCAAAACGAUGACAGGAAAGGCAUGUCAGAGAUGGGAAGCACAAUAUCCACAUAAGACAAACUUCAGGGCGCAGACACACCCCCUAGCAGACCUGGAGUCCAACUUCUGCAGAAACCCCGAUGGAGACGAAGGAGGACCCUGGUGUUACACCACAGACCCAAGCACCCGCUGGGAAACCUGCAACGUACAAAGCUGCACUGAGGAUUGUAUACUCUGCAGCGGUGAGGAUUACAGAGGAAAAGUCGCCACCACAGAGAACGGCAACACCUGCCAACGCUGGGACUCCCAGAAACCUAACAACCAUGGCUACAACCCUAGCGCUCUUCCAGAGAAGUAUCUUGAGGAGAACUACUGCAGAAACCCAGAUGGUAGUCCUCGACCCUGGUGCUUCACCACCAGCCCGACCAAACGAUGGGAUUUCUGCUCAAUACCCCGCUGCGAAUCUGAGCCCCCCACCAUCGUCCCAGAGUUGACCUGUGCGACUGGUGAAGGUGGAGCUUACAGAGGCACGGUAGCUGUGACAGAGUCGGGGAAAACGUGCCAGAGCUGGUCCACUCAGACGCCACAUAAACACAAUCGCACGCCAGACAACUACCCCUGCAAAGGCCUAGACAACAACUACUGUCGUAACCCUGACAACGAGAGGAUGCCCUGGUGUUACACCACGGACUCUGAGACUCGCUGGGAGUACUGCAAAGUGCCAAGCUGUGGAGCCGACCCGGAUGACGCCGUUAUUCCACCAGAGGAGGAGGACUGCUACGAGGGGAACGGCUCCAGCUAUCGAGGCAUAACAUCAGAAACCAUCAGCGGGAAAAGAUGCCAAGCCUGGACCUCCAGGACUCCUCACAGCCACCAGAAAACUCCACAGGCCUUCCCCAACGCGGAUCUCAGGAGGAAUCUGUGCAGGAACCCUGAUGGCGACAAGGCUCCCUGGUGUUUCACAAUGGACCCCAAAACCCGCUGGGAGUACUGCAACCUGGAGAAGUGCUCCACCAGUCCCUCUGGAGGAGGAUCCUCCUCCACAGCUACCAAACCCCAACCCCCGUCCUCCCCCACUGAAGGCCCAGCGACAGAAGAUUGUAAGAUUGGAAAUGGGGGUACAUACAGAGGUCCGACCUCCAUCACCAUACUCGGCGUUACCUGCAUGGCCUGGAGUUCUCAGAACCCUCACACACACAACAGCUUCACCCCACAAAGCCACCCAGACAAGGGUCUGGAAGGCAAUAGCUGCAGAAACCCAGACAACGACGUGAAUGGACCGUGGUGUUACACGACUGACCCGAGCAAGAAGUGGGACUACUGUCAGAUCCCUGACUGUGCCGGUCUGAAGUGCGGAUCUCCCGUCACCAAACCAAAGCGUUGUUUCGGCCGGAUCGUUGGAGGCUGCGUGUCCAAACCUCAUUCGUGGCCCUGGCAAAUCAGCCUCCGCACCAAUACUGGGAUUCAUUUCUGUGGAGGAACUCUGAUCCACCCUCAGUGGGUCCUGACUGCCAAACACUGUCUGGAGAGGUCCAGGCGGCCCGGGGCCUACAAGGUCGUCCUGGGUGUCCACACAGAGAGAGCCAAUGAGGCGACGAAACAAGAGAAGAACCUGGAGAAACUGGUGCUGGAACCCAACGGAGCUGACAUCGCUCUGCUGAAACUGCAGACCCCUGCAUUAAUAAAUGACAAAGUCCUGCCAGCUUGUCUGCCAGAGAAGGACUACAUCGUCCCCAGUGGCACCGAGUGUUACGUUACCGGAUGGGGUGAAACUCAAGGUACGGGAGGUGAUGGCAUCCUGAAGGAAGCUGGUUUCCCUGUGAUCGAGAACAAGAUGUGUAAUCGUCCGUCCUACCUGAACGGCAGAGUCAGAGACCACGAGAUGUGUGCUGGAAACAUCGAGGGAGGCAUAGACAGCUGCCAGGGUGACAGCGGUGGUCCUCUGGUGUGCAAUGCCCAGAACAAGUUUGUCUUGCAGGGGGUGACAUCAUGGGGUCUGGGAUGCGCCAAUGCCAUGAAACCCGGUGUCUACGCCCGAGUUUCAAAGUUUAUCGACUGGAUAGAAAUUACCAUCAGAGCCAAUUAACAACAAACCACCUUUAACAUGGAAAGUAGUUUUGAAUUUGAACAGGCACAAAGAAAUACUGCUCGUUUCUUUUUUUGACAACUCUUUAACAUGUUUGUUGCCUGGUAUCAUUUGUAAAAACGAGUGUUUUGUUUCCUGCAGGGGAACAUAUGAAGCAGUUCAUCUUAAUGUUGGAGAUCUGGUUUGUUAAUUCUGUAAGAGUGGAAAAAUAAAAUGUAAUACAAAGGAAA